AUGAACGUCUUGCUGUCGCCGCAACCUCCAUUCUUCCCUCGCCAGCACAACCCCUCCCGACCAUCUCCAUCUCGAUCUAGUAUCAACAGCAUGUCUGGCAACCGGAAACGAAAGGCCGACGACGACGUUGACAUGUCUGGCUCCCCGUCUUCCUCUCCCGCCUUCCAGAAUCGACAGCUGUCCCGGCCACAGAAGAAGAUCCGUGCCAACGAUAUCGCCGGCCGCCCGCUUCCCCUACCUAGACUGCUCGAGACACUCGAUGCAGCAUCGUUGCGGAGCGUCCUCCAACAAAUAUGCGAGCGACAACCAGAGAUCGGACAGGAAGUGGCGAGGAGUGCACCGAGGCCAUCGAUAGCAUCGGCAUUCCAGGUUCUGGCAGAGUAUCAACAAAAGCUACAGAUUGCAUUCCCAUACGGGGAGACGAGCUCAGACUACGCAUACCAUCGUGUCAAGGCACCGCUGGUCAACCUCCUCGACGCCCUCGCAGAUUUCACGCCUCAAUAUCUUCCGCCCAACGAGCCGCAAGCCAACAUCUCGCUCGAGUACCUGGAUGGAGUCACCAAGGUCCUCCACGGGCUCCCGGACUGGGAGAGCAAGGGCUAUCGCCACCACAAGGAAAACGCCUACGACGAGAUCUCGAGGGCAUGGGCCCUGGUCAUCGACGAGGCAGCCAAGAAGGCCGGCGGUUUUGUUCUGCACUCUGGCGGAUGGGACCAGAUUCUGGUCAAGCACAACCAGCAGUCUGGCGGCCGACUUGCAAGUGCCAUGAGCGCCAUGACGAACAAUGUGGGCUGGGUUGGCGGUCCUGGUGGCUCGCCACAAGAUCAGCAACAACCCUCCGUCCUCGACGAGAUUCUCUCCGGCCAAUACGGCGCGCCUGUCCGGGUAGGCCCCUGGUAG